GGAGAGGGUUCAACACACGCCAGGAUUCGGUGCGUGCUGAGCGGAAGUGAAAGUGUGUGAAAGGACAUUCGAAAGGACAUCGAAAAAAAAGGACAGUCGGUGUAUUAUCAGUGGGCGCGCAGCGUCAGCUUUUGCGUAAAGUGUGUGAACGAUCGCGUUAAAACAAAAUGCGAUUGCUAGUGCUGCUGGGUUGUCUGCUAGCAGCAUCUAGCAGCAAUGCUGAGAUUACGACCGUCCUGGGACAGAAUGGUUACGACUACACUCCACCGAAAGUGCCCUUCCCGCCGCCACCAAGUUGCCCGGCUGGUGGAGUCCCGCCGUACUGCUGCACUAACGGAGGACAAGGACCUAACUGUGUAGUCCCUAGACCGCCGCCGCCUCCACCCCCACCGAGCUGCCCGGCCGGUGGAGUCCCGCCGUACUGUUGUACCAACGGGGGAUCUGGACCGAACUGUUACGUUCCACCACCUCCAACGCCUCCACCGACACGGCCACCUCCACCACCGCCGGCAUGUCCGGCCGGUGGAGUCCCGCCGUAUUGCUGUACCAAUGGAGGAUCUGGACCGAACUGUUACGUUCCACCACCUCCAACGCCUCCACCGACGCGGCCACCUCCACCACCGCCAGCAUGCCCGGCCGGAGGAGUCCCGCCUUAUUGCUGUACCAAUGGAGGAUCUGGACCGAACUGUUACGUUCCACCACCUCCAACGCCUCCACCGACGCGGCCACCUCCACCACCGCCAGCAUGCCCGGCCGGAGGAGUCCCGCCUUAUUGCUGUACCAAUGGAGGAUCUGGACCGAACUGUUACGUUCCACCGCCUCCAACAAGGCCUCCACCACCACCAAGCUGCCCGGCCGGCGGUGUUCCGCCCUACUGUUGCACGAACGGAGGUACCGGACCCAACUGCUAUGUGCCACCACCACCCACACCACCGCCAACGAGACCUCCACCCAGCUGUCCGGCCGGAGGAGUUCCUCCUUACUGCUGUACCAAUGGAGGAUCUGGUCCGAACUGUUACGUACCACCGCCUCCCACUCGACCACCAACUCGACCUCCACCGAGCUGCCCAGCCGGAGGAGUACCGCCUUACUGUUGCACUAACGGUGGCCAAGGACCCAACUGUGUUGUACCGACGAGACCACCAAAGGUAACUCCAGCCCCGAGACCUCCAUUCGGAUGUCCUAAUGGAGGAGUUCCACCGAACUGCUGCACAAAUGGAGGACAAGGGCCUAACUGCGUGAUUCCCAGACCUCCUCCGCCACCGCCUAGCUGCCCGGCCGGUGGAGUUCCUCCCUACUGCUGCACAAAUGGAGGCACAGGACCUAACUGCUACGUCCCACUUCCACCUACUCCGCCUCCUACACGUCCUCCUCCACCCCCGCCAACUCGUCCUCCACCAGCUUGUCCGGCAGGAGGAGUUCCCCCGUACUGCUGUACCAAUGGAGGAACUGGCCCGAACUGUUACGUUCCACCUCCGCCGACUCCACCACCGACCCGACCACCGCCUCCUCCGCCAACUCGCCCACCGAGCUGUCCAGCCGGAGGAGUUCCACCAUACUGCUGUACCAAUGGAGGAACUGGCCCGAAUUGUUAUGUACCACCUCCCCCGACCCCACCACCGACUCGGCCACCGCCUCCGCCACCAACACGUCCUCCAAGUUGUCCGGCAGGUGGAGUUCCUCCUUACUGUUGCACAAAUGGAGGAUCUGGACCUAACUGUUACGUACCACCGCCACCAACUCCACCACCAACGCGUCCCCCACCUCCUCCACCGACUCGUCCACCGAGCUGUCCAGCCGGAGGAGUUCCACCGUACUGUUGCACAAAUGGAGGAUCCGGCCCGAACUGCUAUGUUCCACCACCACCGACACCACCGCCAACUCGACCACCUCCUCCGCCACCAACGCGUCCUCCAAGCUGCCCGGCUGGAGGAGUACCGCCUUACUGUUGCACGAAUGGUGGAACUGGUCCGAACUGCUAUGUCCCACCGCCACCUACACCACCUCCAACAAGACCUCCACCGCCACCACCAACUCGCCCACCCAGCUGUCCGGCCGGAGGAGUUCCUCCUUACUGUUGCACGAAUGGUGGUUCAGGACCUAACUGUGUUGUACCAACGAGACCUCCGCCACCAACGACCCAAAGCAAUCAAUAUCUUCCCCCUUGUCCUAAUGGGGGUGUUGGACCCAACUGCCAAGUACCACCAACUCGUCCUCCGAGCUGCCCGGCUGGUGGAGUUCCUCCUUACUGCUGUACUAACGGAGGUACUGGUCCGAACUGUUAUGUACCACCACCACCAACAAGGCCUCCGCCGCCACCACCAACUCGGCCGCCGAGUUGUCCGGCCGGUGGAGUUCCUCCCUACUGCUGCACAAACGGAGGCACAGGACCUAACUGCUACGUCCCACCUCCACCUACUCCACCUCCUACACGUCCUCCUCCACCCCCGCCAACUCGUCCUCCGCCAGCUUGUCCGGCAGGAGGAGUUCCCCCGUACUGCUGUACCAAUGGAGGAACUGGCCCGAACUGUUACGUUCCACCUCCGCCGACUCCACCACCGACCCGACCACCGCCUCCUCCGCCAACUCGCCCACCGAGCUGUCCAGCCGGAGGAGUUCCUCCGUACUGCUGUACAAAUGGUGGAACUGGUCCGAACUGUUACGUUCCUCCACCACCAACUCCACCACCUACUCGCCCGCCACCGCCACCACCAACGCGUCCCCCAAGCUGUCCGGCCGGAGGAGUCCCUCCCUAUUGUUGUACGAAUGGAGGAAGUGGCCCGAACUGUUAUGUUCCACCGCCACCGACACCGCCUCCAACUAGGCCUCCACCACCACCCCCAACUCGACCACCAUCUUGUCCAGCAGGAGGAGUUCCUCCGUAUUGCUGCACGAAUGGCGGAACUGGUCCUAACUGCUACGUACCACCGCCUCCAACACCUCCACCGACACGGCCACCACCGCCUAGCUGCCCAGCAGGUGGAGUUCCACCGUACUGCUGCACGAACGGAGGAUCUGGACCGAACUGCUACGUUCCAACUCGUCCACCACCUCCACCACCUACUCCUGGCAAGGACAAUGAAUAUCUCCCACCGUGCACUAACGGAGGAGUUGGUCCCAACUGUGUUGUUCCAACGAGACCUCCUCCUCCACCCACUCGUCCACCGCCAGCAUGUCCGGCCGGAGGAGUCCCGCCAUAUUGCUGUACCAAUGGAGGAUCUGGACCGAACUGUUACGUUCCACCACCUCCAACGCCUCCACCGACACGGCCACCUCCACCACCGCCGGCAUGUCCGGCCGGAGGAGUCCCGCCGUAUUGCUGUACCAAUGGAGGAUCUGGACCGAACUGUUACGUUCCACCACCUCCAACGCCUCCACCGACGCGGCCACCUCCACCACCGCCAGCAUGCCCGGCCGGAGGAGUCCCGCCUUAUUGCUGUACCAAUGGAGGAUCUGGACCGAAUUGCUAUGUCCCACCGCCACCUACACCUCCCCCAACUAGACCACCCCCACCAACUCGUCCUCCGCCGGCAUGUCCGGCUGGUGGUAUUCCACCGUACUGUUGCACGAAUGGAGGUUCCGGACCGAACUGCGUUGUUCCGACGAGACCUCCACCUCCUCCAACAAGCCCUGCGCCUAGCUGUCCUAACGGUGGUGUGUUGCCUUUCUGUUGCACUAAUGGUGGCCAAGGACCGAACUGCGAGGUACCGUCGCACAUUCUGGACGAAGAUGGCUACCAUUACAAGCGGCCAAGCAAACCGUUCACGUUCUAGUUUUAAUAACAGCGCAUGCGGUCGGAAGCUGUAUUUUAUGUUCAUUUAAAUUUGUCUUUACUAUUUGUUUAAGUUGAUUCGUUCAUCUGUGAAUAGCAAUAAACGCAAAACCCUCUA